CCAAAAUGUAACGCACGCGCACACCGGGUUCUUCCUUUCUGCAAAAUUCUUCGCAAUGGCUCCCGUGAAGAAGCAGACCACUAAAGGUGGCAAGAAGAAGAAGCAGGUCCUGAAAUUCACAUUGGACUGCACCCACCCUGUUGAAGAUGGCAUCAUGGACGCAGCCAACUUCGAGCAGUUUCUUCAGGAGCGCAUCAAGGUGAAUGGAAAAGCUGGAAAUCUCGGUGGAGGUGUGGUGUCCAUUGACAGGAGCAAGAGCAAGAUCACAGUUUCAUCUGAGGUUCCUUUCUCCAAGAGAUACCUGAAGUAUCUGACAAAGAAGUAUCUGAAGAAGAACAACCUUCGUGACUGGCUGCGUGUUGUUGCCAACACUAAGGAGAGUUACGAACUUCGUUACUUCCAGAUUAACCAGGAUGAAGAGGAGGAAGAAGAUGAGGAUUAAACUUGUUUUGUACAUUCAAUUAAAUUUAAAAUAAUA